AUGCCCGCUGUUUAUAUAUGUGAAACCUCUAAUGAUAAUAGGAUCUAUGAUGUUGCGGAUACGCGUCAAGUAGUAGUGAAGAACAUUGAAAACGAUCCUUUAACUGUGGAAACAACUCCUGCGCAGAGAGCUUGUCGUUUCUCCUACGAAAAUGAUAAUGGACUAUAUCCUUUAUACUCUUACAGCGCGUGCACCGUGUUAUGUCGCAAACGAGAACAAAUGAAGCUCUGCGGAUGCACCGAUCAUUUUAUGAUUGGAUCUGAUGAAACAAAAACGUGUAAUGCAAGUGGUUUACUUUGUCUCCAUCGUCAUUUUAGUCAGUUGACAACUCUGAAGCCGCGUUGGGCAGGGAGACGGCCUGGUUUAGUUUGUGACUGUCUACCUUCAUGUGAUGAAACUGAGAUUACUAUCAUAAAAGAUGCUGUUACAUCUUCCGGACGUGCUCGAAAAAAGAGAAUAGCCGUAGAGUUAAAACUGGCCUAUUUACCAACUGAGAGGUUUAAAAGAAACGUGGUUAGAAGUCGUCUUGACUUAGUUGUUUCUAUUGGCGGCGCUGCUGGACUCUUUGUCGGUGCUAGUUUGUUGAGCUUUGUCGAACUAUUUUUUUUCUUUACAAUACGACUCUUGGAUAAUAUUUAUUUGGAAAAACGCAAGAAAAAAGACAGAGCUACUGUCAGGAAUAUACAAACCUUCCAACCAGCCAUGCCGAGGAGUACACGGAGGUUUUAUACGCAGAGAAUUUAA